AUGCCCCAGGCACGGCCAGUGUCGCAUGCAGGCUGCACUUGAUCCAACCUUGCACCAGAGCAGCUACACAGAGAGACAAUCAGGAGAAGUGAGAAGAUGGGGCCAGUCGCCUACUUCAGCCUCUGCCUCCUCGGCUGCCUGAUCUUUAACCCCUCGCUGGAAGGAAUAGUGGCCACGCCCUGUCCCAGUGACUGGCUGUUCUACCAAGAUCGAUGCUAUGCGUUCUUCCCCGAAAAGGUGUCCUGGUCGGAGGCUGAGGUGCAGUGUCAGUAUCACCACAAUGGGGCCCAUCUCGCCUCCAUUCUCACUGCGGCAGAAGGGACCGUGGUGGCCAGAUACAUCACCGAGUCAGGCUUCAAGGAUAAAGUCUGGAUCGGACUCCACGAUCCCCGGAAGUACAGACGCUGGAGGUGGACUGAUGCCUCCCGGUAUUACUACAAAGCUUGGAACGGCGGGGAACCAAACAAUAAAGAUGGUGUUGAGUACUGCGUUGAGCUGGCGAACUUCACAGGUUUUUUGGAAUGGAACGAUAACCAGUGUCAUGAGAAAAACGCCUACGUUUGCAAGUAUCGACCCUAGCCAGGGGAGUCGCUCGCUUGCACCUGAAGUGGGAGCUCAGCGCCUGGGAUGCAAGAGAACUGGGCUCCUUGGGCAUGAUCAGGCAACGUCCCAGACUUUCCGAUGCCUUUGCUGCAUGGAGGGCCUGUCCCCUCCCUCCCUGAGAGACCAGAUCUCACUUCCCCAGCUGCAAACCCUCUUCCCCCAAGUGUCUCUGUUCUAGUUACACACCUGCCCCUUCCCGCCCUUCCCCUCAGUGCCUGCA